AUGAGGAAACAACAGCAACAAACUCAGCAAUCAGAGUUUUUGAAUUGCCCAAGAUGUGACUCUACAAACACCAAAUUUUGUUACUACAACAACUGCAACAAGUCUCAGCCUCGCCAUUUCUGCAGAGCUUGUAAGAGGCACUGGAUUAAAGGCGGAACUUUACGCAAUGUUCCUAUUGGUGGUGGCAGGAAGAAUAAGAGGGUAAAAAAAUCAACCACCCCCUCUACUUGCACCACCACUGUCUCAACCUUAAUUGGCAACACGGGUGGCGGGUCAUGUAGCCACAUGACAAUGAAUCCAACUCCUCUUGCAGUGAGUAAUCAGAAAAGCAUCCCUUCCUCUUUUUAUCAAGUUCAAGCUUUGAUUCGUCAACAGAAUCUGAUGAAUACUGGAGACUUAGAAAGCAAAGAUUUUGGUAUUGGUAAUAGCAUCUUUCUGAGUUCAACUUUGCCUCUUCCUCAAAACCAAAGCCUACACUUUCCCUUCUCGACCUCAAGCUCUUUUGACACAAACCCUUGUGCAGUAUCAACUUCUCUGCGAUCCUCCAAUGUUUAUAACUAUGGGGAGGAGUUUAAAACAAUGGAGGAACCAACCAUCAACUACAUAAUGCCCAGCACAAGUGGCAGUAACACACAACCAUGGGAGAUACCAGCAACAAGUGCUGGCAUGGAAACUUCAAACUAUUGGAAUUGGGAGGACAUUGAUUCUUUGGUCUCAACUGAUCUGAAAGAUCCCUGGGAUGAUUCUGAUAUCAAACCAUGA